AUGUUCUUCACUGUAUCUAUAACACCAAUCAUCUGGUUCAAUCUUCUACUUUGCAUCGCUUCUGAUAAAAAUGAAACUUUCUAUCCACCUAAUUUCGGCGCUGCUGAUGAAAUUAUUACAAAUAAUACUUAUUCUGGUGUCUCAGAUAGCUUUGAUUACAACAACUUUGAACCAUUAUUUAGCUCAGAAUUUCUGUUCGAUCCUUCGCAAUUCAUUGAUUUCGCUCAAGUGAGUGGAAUUGAGGACAUAAGCAGUAAAGAAUCGAAUUCUGAGACUGAUCUGUUCACAAUUACUCCUCAUCCUCUCUUCAUCUCAUCUAGUUAUGAUGAUUUCAUUGUCCACACUAAUUUGGAGUCAUCACUUGCCUCAAAUUUGGAUUCAUUAUGGAGAGAUGCCAAUGGAGAAUUAAAAACGAAUGAUGAUAAAGCACGAUAUCCUUCCAUUAGAGAUGCUCAAAGUGGGACUUCUUCGCCACUUAAUGUCGACACCGAUGACAUUAUCACGUAUAUGCACUUACCUGGUUCACAACAAAAUGUCGUUCCGAUCUAUUUUCACCAACUUACUCUUUCCUCAGACGGUACAUCCGGUCAACAUGGAAAUGCUGAACUGAUCAACAUGGACAAUAAGCACUUCUCGGAUAACUUGAAUGUCCCCAAGUACAGGGGAAAUACCAAUGAAGGAUCAGAAACAAAUGCUCAAAGUGGGACUUCUUCGCCACUUAAUGUCGACACCAAUGACAUUAUUACAUAUAUGCACUUACCUGGUUCACAACAAAAUGUCGUUCCGAUCUAUUUUCACCAACUUACUCUUUCCUCGGACGAUACAUUCAGUCAACAUGGAAAUACUAAAGAGAGCAACAUCGAUAACAAACAAUUCCUGAAUAGCUUGAGUAUCCACGACUUCAGGGGAAGUACCAAUGAAGGAUCAGAAACAGACGAACGAAGCUACGAAUGUGUCUAUCGAGGAUGUACUAUGGUUACAAAAGAUUACAAUGAAUAUAUAGCACAUAGAAAAGCACAUGGUCAACCCUUCAUCUAUGAAUGUAGAGUGCCGGGUUGUGAGCCAUCAUUCCACCAUGAACCAUCAUUUUACAAUCACAAGCAAACGCAUGAAUCUCAUCGUCAGUGCGAGCGCUGUGGCAAAUUCUUCAGCACCAGGAAUGGGCUACAAAAACACAAGGAGCACUGCCCAACAAAAUUUCAUAGACGAGGUUAUGAAUGCCUUUAUUCUGGAUGUGCUGUGAUCUCGAAAAGUUACAACGAAUAUCUAACACAUAGAAAAACGCAUCAGCCCUUCAUCUAUGAAUGCAAAGUGCCCCGUUGCGGGCGAACAUACAAAAAUAAAUCAUCGUUUUGUCAACACAAGCAAACGCAUGAACCUCCUCAGUGCAAGGACUGUGGCAAAUUCUUUUGCCGUAGGACUGCAUUAAAUUUUCACAAGAAAUCGUGUUCCAGAGCUCCUAAAAACGGGACACAAUUUGGGCAUUCUUCGCAAGCAUGA